CAAGCUCUGCCCACAAAAGAAACUCCCGCUAGAUCUUGGCCGCCAGACCCUGCCCGUAAUUUCUUCCUCAAAUUAUCUCGUCUCCUAAAUUUUCUGCAAAAACCUAAGCCCAAUCUCUCUCCGACAACUGCCUUUCAUUUCGGAUUUCUCUUCUCAUUGCGCUAAUUUCCGUUCCUUUGUUGAUUCUUUUCCUCUCAUUUUCUCUGUUAAUCUGUUCUUUUUUGCCAAUUAACUUUGCUCUGUUUCUCAUCUUCCCGAUUCGUUUGAUUGCUUCGUUGUACUGGACUUCAGAGCUUUAAUUUUCAGUAAAAUGUUGUAGAUUCAUGUAGCGCUACUGAGAUUUGCUUCUGUUUUGAUUGCUUAAUGGCGUCGAUUCGGAGGACUCUGUCGCCGGCGUAUCCCGAUCGGGUGUAUCCUAAUGGAAUCCCGUUUUCAACUUCUUCGCCAUCCUCGAAGCUUCUUUCGAAUGUUAAAUACUCGUCUACUUUCUCUUCUUUUGCCGUCGGAGUGCGGAGAUUUAUAUCUGGAGCUUUCUUGCUCAGGCAUCCUCCGAGGAAAGGUAGCAAUGUUUGGCGAAGGGCAUUCUUUAGAUGCUGUGUGUUUUUCUUGCUUGGCUUCUUGCUAGGUAUGAUGCCGUUUGGCCAUGAUGGCGACGAUAUACGUAGGCAUGACUUCUCGUUUGAGAUCAAGCCGCCGCAUGUUAAUGCGCAGUUUGAGAAAGAUACUCAUGGUCUGGUUUGGCGAGAAGAUUCAGUUGUCGAUUCAGUUAAUUUGUCGGUCAAGCCGUCUCCGGAAGUGAAUUUGUCUCUCACUUCAGUGCCAAAGAGACAGUUGAUUGUGGUGACGCCGACUUAUAAUCGUCCACUUCAAGCCUAUUUCCUGAACAGGUUGGGUCAGGCACUGAAGCUUGUGAAUCCUCCAUUGUUAUGGAUUGUGGUGGAGAUGAAUUCAGCGUCGAUGGAGACUGCCGAGAUAUUGCGGAAAACGGGGGUUAUGUACAGGCAUUUGGUUUGCACUAAGAACAUGACGGACGUGAAGGAUAGAGGAGUUCAUCAAAGGAACGUGGCAUUGCAACACAUUGAACGGCAUAAGCUUGAUGGAAUCGUUUACUUUGCGGAUGAUGACAAUAUAUAUUCGUUGGAGUUGUUCGAUAGCCUGAGAGACAUUAGUCGCUUUGGCACUUGGCCCGUUGCUAUGCUUGCACAAAACAAAAAUAAAGCGAUUCUGGAAGGUCCUGUAUGCAAUGGAAGUCAAGUAAUUGGAUGGCACACCAAUGAGAAAAGUAAGAGGCUUAGGAGAUUUCAUGUUGAUAUGUCCGGGUUUGCUUUCAACAGCACCAUCCUGUGGGACCCAAAGAGAUGGAGACGCCCUACUUCAAAACCCAUUCGACAGUUGGACACUGUGAAAGAGGGUUUUCAGGAGACUACAUUCAUAGAGCAAGUAGUCGAAGAUGAAAGUCAAAUGGAAGGUGUGCCUACUGGCUGUUCAAAAGUAAUGAAUUGGCAUCUUCAUUUGGAAGUUCCCAAUUCUUUUUAUCCGAGUGGUUGGGUGUUUCAGAAGAAUCUUGAUUAUGUCCUGCCAAUUAAGUGAUUAAACUUUGCCAUUGCAGUUUGAAGCUUAGAAUUUGAUACAGUUUGAUCUAAAUCUGAAUUUUGGUGGCUUUUGACUUCCGAUUGGAUCAUUUGCUUUAAUUGGCGCUGUUGGUGGUGAAGAGAUCCAUGGCUAGCUUGGCUUUCAACACAGAGAAAUACGAGUUUAUCAUUUUUACUUGUAAGAUUUUUCUUGCAUAUUCUUUAACAGAAAUGAGUUUCGUUUAGUUGUAGAGUUUUAGUGCUUACGUUAGAGGGUUUUUUAAUUUUUGAAUCUUCAAUUGUUACAGCAAAACCUUCCAAAUAGUGUGGGGGCAGGGACUAUUGUAUAUCUAAACUCUGUAUUUGUUGUAGAACCGGCCGGUGACUGAGUCGAUGGGGCCAAAUCAAGUAAGGCCACUUUCUGCUAAGGGUAAGACAGUUAGUUUGCAACAUUACUAUUCCCCAUCCACCCUCACUGUUUCAGCACACCAUUUCUCAAAAUUUGCCAAGGUCCUGUUUUUUCAUCUUUUUGUUUUUGGCUACACGUUCCACCAGCAAAAGGGUUCCCCUCCCUGCCUCCCUUCCCCCUCCCAUGAUAGGAUAAAUCCAUCUUCCAUUAGGAAGGUAAGUCUUGUUCCAGGAGGGAAGCCCCGUCCCCCGAGUAGGUUGGGUGUUAUGAUUAGCUUUGAGUACAAGGUUGAAGGUCUAUUUGAAAUGACUUUACUAGUGCUUAAAAAGACAGGUCUUUUUGAGCACUUGAAAAGUCAUUUCAAAUAGACUCUUAAAAAAAUUGGAGCUUAAUUUUGGAGUUUGUGUGAGAAGGAAACUUUCAACUGCAGUUAAAGAAUGACGAUGGAUUGAUAGAUUAGUUCUGCAAAUUGUGAGAUUGGAGAUUAAACCUUCUAAAUGUUUCUCAUAUUUAGAUAUUGUGAUUGAUCUUAGUUUCAUAUAUGGCCAUAGGGUGAGCGAAUUGUUGCAGAAUUCUGUGUGGUUCUCAAGAUGAUGAGAUGAAUUCACAAAGAGAGAAUGCCUUCUUGUGGGAUAUAUAGCAAAAUUUUAUGUUUA